AUGCUUCUCAAUCAAAGCUGUCCACCUAGAGCUGGUUGGGGACCUGUUCACUCCAGGAUUCUUAGCGGCUUUCCGACAACGGAAAAAAACUUCGAAGAAGCCAAACGCGAACUGGCUGAAUUGUUCGCAAGAUUCAGGAGCGACGUCGAGCAAAACAAAAUCUCAUCUGCCUGUUCAGAGGAAGGAAUUGUGUGGCAUUUGACUCCCCCUAAAGCACCACACUUCGGGGGCCUGUGGGAGGCGGCGGUGAAGACCACUAAGAGGCAUUUGUUUCGGCAAUUGGGUAGUACACACCUUAGUUUCGAGGACUACUAUACAAUUCUGCACCAAAUUGAAGCGGCCAAGAACUCACGUCCACUGCUGCCGAUGUCCGAUGCUCCCAACAACCUUGCUGCAUUGACACCGGGGCACUUCCUUACCGGAUCAUCGCUUCAAGCCUUGCCCGACCCAUAUCUUCUACACACUCCAGUGAACGCCCUCGCCCACCUCCAAAGACUGCAACAACACGUCCAGAAAUUUUGGUCCAACUGGCGGUCAGAAUAUCUGCAGGAGCUGAUAAAGGAUACGAAACGUGCUGCUCGUAAUGACGAGACCCAACCGGGUCGCAUGGUAAUCCUGGUAGACGAAAUGCUGCCAGCAAUCCGCCAUAACAACAGGAGCCAUAACAAGGCCAAUCACUAA